CAUUCUCUCUCCUCUCUUCUCUUCUUUCUCUCUCAUGGAAAAAAUAAAAUUAAAUAAGAAACUCAGCUGAAAUUAGGUGAUGAUGAAAAUGGCUUCUCUAGAAAAAAUCUUCACAGUUCUACUCUCUCUCUCCUCAGCUUUUAGCAAUUCUGCAGCUUUAAUGGAAGUUCUAUAGUAAUUAAUUUACUAGUAUUAGUAUUAGGCAAUUUCAAUUUUCUUUUUUUGCUGGAUUUUUGUUUUUCCCCUUUUGAUAUUAAUGGCGGAAAGUGUGAGAUAAAAAUUGGGUUUUUUUUUUGUUUUUUUGGAGUUGAAUUUGAGGUGAAGAUGGAGAAUGAUGAAGUGGGUCCCAGCAAUGGGAAGAGUAACGAUCAGUUCAUUGAUCGAAGUAAAGUCAGAAUUUUGUUGUGUGAUAAUGAUUCCAAGAGUUCUCAAGAGGUUUUCUCUCUCCUUUGCAAGUGUUCUUAUCAGGUGACAUCAGUCAGGUCAGCUAGGCAGGUUGUUGAUGCACUGAAUGCGGAGGGGUCUGACAUUGAUCUUAUACUUUCCGAGGUUGAUCUUCCUACGAAAAAGGGGUUCAAGUUAUUGAAGUACAUAAUGCGGGAUAAAGAAUUGCAACGUAUACCUGUGAUCAUGAUGUCAACACAAGAUGAAGUUUCUCUUGUUGUAAAGUGCUUGAGGCUGGGAGCAGCAGACUUUCUUGUGAAGCCAUUGCGGACUAAUGAGCUUUUAAAUUUGUGGACUCACAUGUGGCGGAGGCGAAGAAUGCUUGGUCUUGCGGAAAAGGAUAUUGUGAAUUAUGACUUUGAUCUAGCUCAAUCAGAUCCCAGUGAUGCUAAUACAAAUAGCACAACAUUGUUCUCUGAUGACACAGAUGAUAAGUCCCGGCGGACUGUUAAUCCAGAGAUGAGUAUCACAGUACAACAGGAGGAGGAGGUCAGUAUGUGUAAUAAAUUCACUUCAGAAGCUGUGCCAAGAUAUUCUUUGGAUUGUCAGCCUGCUGUACCAGCACUGAGUGACCGCCGAACAGGUCAAUUUGCUCCAUUUCCAAAAAAGAGUGAGCUGAAGAUCGGUGAAUGUUCUGCAUUCUUCACAUAUGUCAAAUCAGGCUCAAUCAAGAGCAAUUGCCAAGCAGUUAUUGAUGUUGAAGGUUAUGCUGCUCAACCUUCAAGACCAGAUGAUGUAUCAGAUACUUGGAAUGAGCAUUUAAACAAUGGCAAUAUGAGAUAUGAAAAUGGAGACACAUGGGAAAACAACUCACAUGGAGAAGACUUCCCUAGCAGUACUAGUGUACCUGAUUCCACUUCCGUGGAAAGGUCAUGCACCCCUCCUGUAGCUGUGGAAUUCAUGCUAAAUAAAUCUAGCGAUGAAGGCUUAUCUGAGGUGCACGUGCAGCCGAAAAAUGGGACGCAUUUUGAUGUCUCAACUUUGGCAACACAUGCUGCUUAUCCUUACUUCAUGGCAGGAGUCAUGAAUCAAUUUAUGAUGCCUUCGUCAACACAUGUACAUCAGAAGGAUCUUCAAAACCAUGGUACAUCAACCGUGAUGUCUCACUAUAACCAUCUCCCGCAUUGCCCAUCUCAUUUACCUGGGAUGGCACCAUUUCCUUACUACCCAGUGGGUGUAUGCUUACCACAGGGACAGGGUCAAUCGCCUGCUAACCACCAACUGACGUCAUUUGGCAAUUCAUCUUCAAGUGAAGCUAAAUUAAGCAAAGUUGACCGGAGAGAGGCUGCUUUGAUUAAAUUCAGGCAAAAAAGGAAGGAGAGGUGUUUCGAUAAAAAGAUUAGGUAUGUGAACCGCAAGAAGCUUGCUGAGAGAAGGCCUCGUGUGCGUGGACAGUUCGUGAGAAAGCUGAAUGGUGUGACUGUAGAUCUUAAUGGAGAUCCAUCUGCUGACAUUGAUGAGGAAGAUGAAGAUGAUCGUAAUUCAUCUCCUGAAGAUGACACUUCUUGACGACACAUUUGAGGAAAACCCUCCUCCUGAUGGAUCACUGCUGUUGCCGCCAUAAUUGUUUCCUGCAAAUCUCAGUGCUUGAGCUCCUUCAUCAUUCAUGUUCAUAUGAGAGAAAACUGGCAUGGAUUCGUGAUUGCUCUCAAUAGCUUGUGGGCUUCUACUUUUGUAAGCAUCUUUUUCGCGAGCUUAUUGAUGUGAACAUGGGAACUUCCAUCUCCAACAUCUGUUCUCUCGUAAGCUCCUUGUGGAUGGAGCUGCCUUAAGCCCUUAAGCCUUUGCCAGGAGGUGGGUGGUAGGCAAAGCUUGUACUUAUACAUCAACUCUAUUCGUCAUUCUCCAAGUGCUGCAUGAAGUUGGAAUUCCAACUUUAAAGGUUGAAUGAAAAGUUCUUUUUUUCUCCUUUUAUUUUCCUAUUAUUGUUGUAAAGGGCGCAUAGUGAUCAGCUGUUCUGUAUCUUCCAAUGGAAAAGGAUACUAGCAUUAAACUUAUCUCCUAUGAUAGUUAGAUUAGAUCUGUAUCUUUCAGUUUAUGUUAAAACUUGGGUGUGAAGGUCGUGCUCCAGUGCUUCCUACUGAUGCUGGCCAAUAAAAAUGAAUUUUUAUCAGCAAAA